CGCAUUCUCUACAUCGGCAAUCUGUUCUUCGAAGUCACCGCAGACAGCCUGCAAGCGCACUUUGCCAAGUUCGGCAACAUCACCAAUGCACGCAUCGUCACCGACCCGCGCGGUCUAAGCAAAGGAUUUGGAUAUUUGGAGUUCGAGUCGCCAGCCGAUGCGGAGGAAGCUAUCAAGCAAAUGGACCAGAGCGUGUUUGAGGGCCGAAGGAUGAUGGUACAACCCCAUCAGGCUCGAGAUAGGCAGCGGCCCAGCGCGGCCUCCAGUGUCUUUGAUACCACGCCGAGAGCACCCCACCCGCCCAGCAAGACUCUGUUUAUUGGGAACCUGUCCUUCCAAAUGUCCGAUCGCGACCUGAACGACCUCUUCCGCAACAUCCGCGACGUCCUCGAUGUCCGCGUCGCCAUUGACCGCCGCACCGGACAACCGCGAGGCUUUGCCCACGCCGACUUCAUCGACAUCCAGGCUGCGCAAAAGGCCAAGGAGGUGCUGGAGAGGGAGACCGUGUAUGGCCGAGCAUUGAAGGUGGACUACAGCGCCAGCAGAGCGCGAAGAUUCCAGGACGGACCGCAGGAGUAA